GAAGAAGAUCCAAGAAGACUGAGGUAAGCGGGCUUCUGAAGCCUUGUCAAAAGUGGAAACAAUACAUCAAAGGGUGUUCGUGCUGACUGGUCAGAGAGGCUUUAUCUUUUUCUCAUAAGAGGUUUGACAGCAUAAAAUAAAAACAAAUUGCUUUAGUCAAAGUAUUUUUUUUUCUGUCUUUCCUUUUUUUUUUUUUUUAACUGAUUUUUAGCAAACUUCAGAUCCAGACACAGGACUCAACGGUAUCAACGGUAUAUUCCUGGACAGCAAGGCACUAUAAUGGCAAACACAGUCUGUUUCAUCAUCUGGAUGGUAUUUGUAACAGAUUCUGUGUGGACCCGAACUGUGAGACAGGUCUAUGAGGUACAUGACCCAGAGGUCUGGAUUGAGCAAGACUUCGAUUGUCCCAGGGAGUGUUUCUGUCCCCCCAGUUUCCCUACUGCUUUAUACUGUGAAAAUCGAGGUCUCAAAGAAAUCCCUGCUAUUCCUUCAAGGAUCUGGUAUCUUUAUCUGGAAAACAACCUGAUAGAAACCAUCCCUGAGAAGCCAUUCGAGAAUGCCACCCAGCUGAGAUGGAUCAAUCUAAACAAGAACAAAAUAACCAACUAUGGAAUUGAAAAAGGAGCUCUGAGCCAACUGAAGAAACUGCUUUUCUUAUUUCUGGAAGAUAAUGAGCUAGAGGAGGUACCUUCUCCAUUGCCAAGAAGUUUAGAACAGUUACAAUUAGCUAGAAACAAAGUAUCCAGGAUUCCUCAAGGAACCUUCAGCAAUCUGGAGAACCUGACCCUUCUUGACCUGCAACACAAUAAGCUAUUAGACAAUGCCUUUCAAAGAGACACCUUUAAGGGACUGAAGAACCUCAUGCAGUUAAAUAUGGCCAAGAAUGCCCUCAGGAACAUGCCACCAAGAUUACCAGCCAACACAAUGCAACUGUUUUUAGAUAACAAUUCCAUUGAAGGAAUACCAGAGAAUUAUUUUAACGUAAUUCCUAAAGUGGCUUUCCUGAGACUAAACCACAACAAGUUAUCAGAUGCAGGCCUCCCUGCAAGUGGUUUUGAUGUAUCAUCAAUUCUAGAUCUUCAACUGUCUCACAAUCAGCUCACAAAGGUGCCUCGGAUCAGUGCGCACCUGCAGCAUCUUCACCUUGAUCAUAACAAAAUUAAAAAUGUGAACGUCUCUGUAAUAUGUCCUACCCCUACCAUACUGCCUGCAGACCAAGAUUUCUUCAGUUCUGGACCUCAUCUGAGCUACCUCCGUCUGGAUGGAAAUGAAAUCAACCUACCAAUCCCAAUGGAUUUAAUGACCUGCUUCAAGCUCCUUCAGACUGUCAUUAUUUAAACACAUCUUCAACGAUCUAAAAUUCAUUUAAUAAGCUAAUAUCUCUGAUAUAAAAUUUGGUUUAAGGCAAAAGCACAUUCCCAAUUGCUCUUGGCCACCAUUUUUAUUUGUGCAGCUAGUUUUUUCUAUUCAAAGAUGCUUUCAUCAAUGAUAUAUAAAACAAUAUACUUUUUAAAAUUAAAACAGACACAGAGUGAAGAUAGUUUAUCAACUCAAAGAUAGUUAUUUUUUUGUCUCUUUCACAGGUUAUUAAUACCAAAUAAUGCCAUUGCAUUGCUAUGCCCUAGAAAGGACAUAUUUAUUUGCAUAUGUUCAAAAUUGCUUCUGCAGAUAUUAUAUUUACAGUAUAAAUACAGCAACCUAACAAGAGGCAGGGAGAUCUGAAGAAAAUUUAAAAAUGAGAUAUUUCUUUGUCAUAAUUAUAAAGAAAUAAUUAAAUUCAGAUAGUUAAGUAGUUUUUGUAGGCAUAAGUAUAGUAUUUCCCUCAAGAAUGGAUAUUAAAUGCAUCAAAUACUUCAUAACAAGAGCGUUUUAGUCAUUUAAUACCAUAUAACAGAGCAACAGUCAUUUUUAGUUCUCUACUACUUUACAGCUGCUGUUCUUAGAUAUUGUACAGUGUAUUUCAGCAAUUAAAGUCCUAAGUUUCACAUUUAUUAUAACAAAUUCCUGAUAGAAUCUUGUGUUUUAACAUUUGAAAUCCACUUGAAUUGCAGUGUUCAACUCAUA